CCUUUUUGCGUGGGGUGGGACAAGCAGAAGGCAUGCAUGCUUCCUACAAGUUCCAGCCAGCACAUGCAGCACAGCACAGCAAUACAAUAAGCAGGGGCCAUAGAGUGCAUCACUCCCGGUUGGCUCCUGUAUACAUUAUGUUGGUUGGGGGCUGCCAUCCUGGGCUGCUGGGGAGUAUGUGGUUACCUCCGGCACUCUUCAACACCUGUAUGAGACUCCCAGCCACAGGUAUCUGACUGCAAGUACAGUCGAAUGGUCUCUGGCAUGAAAUAAAAUGGGAACCAGCCUUCUUUCAUGGAGCUCUCGGAUUCACUAGGAUUAUAGGACUUACAUAGAAUGCUAGGUUCAACUUCAGGAUGAAUGUCUGUCACUAUGAUAAGCGCAUGGACUUUUUCUACAAUCGCAGCAAUUCUCAGACAGAGGAUGACUGGUCAGGAACAAAACUGAUCAUCGUAUUGUGCUUUGGAGCAUGCUGUUGUUUCUUUAUUUUCGUUUCCAACUUACUGGUUAUAGCAGCAGUGGUAAUAAACAAGAGAUUCCACUACCCCUUUUAUUACCUGCUUGCUAACCUGGCAGCAGCAGACUUUUUUGCUGGGAUUGCUUAUGUGUUUCUAAUGUUCCACACUGGACCAGUGUCCAAGACAUUAACUGUCAAUAGGUGGUUCCUGCGUCAGGGUCUUCUGGAUACAAGCAUGUCAGCGUCAUUGGCUAACUUGUUGGUAAUUGCGGUUGAGAGACACAUAUCCAUUGUCCGAAUGAGAAUUCACAGCAAUCUGACAAAAAGAAGAGUGACGUUUCUUAUUUUUUUAAUUUGGGCCAUUGCCAUAUUUAUGGGUGCUGUCCCCACAUUAGGAUGGAACUGUAUCUGCAAUAUCACAACUUGCUCCUCGCUAGCUCCAAUUUAUAGCAGGAGUUAUUUGACUUUCUGGACAGUCUCAAACCUGGCUGUCUUUGUAAUCAUGUUGGUGGUCUACUUGAGAAUAUAUAUGUACGUGCAGAGAAAAACCAAUGUCUUGUCUCCACAUACCACUGGGUCGAUCAACCGAAGGAGGACUCCAAUAAAGUUAAUGAAGACUGUUAUGGCUGUUCUAGGUGCAUUUGUUAUAUGCUGGACGCCAGGAAUGGUGGUUUUGCUUCUUGAUGGCCUUAACUGCACUAAAUGUGGGGUGCAGCAUGUAAAACGUUGGUUUCUCCUGCUUGCCUUGAUGAAUUCUAUCAUGAACCCUAUCAUAUACUCUUAUAAAGAUGAAGAGAUGUGGAGGACUUUCAAGAAGAUGAUUUGUUGUCUGCUUUACAAAAGAAGAGGGCAUCGCCCAUCAAGAAUGUCUUCGACAGUACAUAGUACCAGAAGCAACGAUACCACCAGUCAUUAUUUAGAGGAGGCUAAUAACCACUCCCCUACUCUGAAGAAUAUAUGACCUAAAAUUUGUGGUGUUAUCUAAAAGCAGCAGUGGUGGAGUAAAAUGAAUUUCACCUAGAUAAUGUUUCUUGAAAAUCUAAAUGAUACUCACAAAUGAAAGUGAGAUUUACAGCAUGUGACAGGGACUGUUGCAUUUCUCCAAAAACAUUCAAGUAUCAUACUAUGUUUGCUGUAGUGCAAUGAAAUGGCUGGCACUAAUAAAACUGGAAAGAUUCUUAAGACUAAUAUUCUUAGGAAUAUAACAAUGAAAUCCAUUUAGUAAACGGCUGAACUCCUAACCUUGAUAACACAGGAAAAGUAACAAGUGUAUAAAAUGCAUGCUUUAUUCUAAAGGAAAUAACAAACGGAAAAAAGAUAAAUAAGUGCAUACUCAAUACAUCCACCAUUUUCAAAAAUGUGGCAUACACAAGGUGUAUAAUAAUACAAAUACAAAAUCUCCAAAAAGAAUGUUUAGUGUUUACGCCAUAAAAUAUAACCUUUAAUAAUUACUAGUUAAAAACCAAUUUGUUAAGAUAAUUAAUUAAUGACUCAAUUAUAACUAUAAUUAAAACAAUAUAAUUUACUAUGUACCCUGUAAAUCAAUUCAUGUACCUUCUAAUCACAGGAAAUCAACCUCAUACAUGAUUAUAUCAGAAGGAGUUCAUAGGCCAAAUAGAACACCUGAUUUAGUAAUAUCCUGAUUUCCUUAAAGCAUGAUAAGUGGAAAGGGAAAGGGGGGAGAAAUUAAGGAGAAAGAAUCCUACUCCAAUAAUAUCUGGUGAGGUAAUAACAAUGAGGGUGGGAACCAAUUCAUAAUCAUAAACAUAAAUGCGGGCACUAUAUACACCAUUUACAAAGUCCAUUGCAGCAUCUGACAGGAAAGGUGCGAUAGCCAACUACCUUAUCUUUAAUUCAGAGCGUAGGAAUAUUUACUGUGCCUACCCACUCUCUGCUUCCGCAACCAUACUGUAUUAUCAGGGGCGUGCUCACAUUUAUAAGUGCCCCCGCCGCUUAGGUAGAUUGUUUACAGUGGUAAUUAUUUCUUACUUAUUUCAGAAUCACUGCUACGACUUACUCCCGUACCCACACUAAUAAUUUCUCUCCGGGGCACCUUCGGCUUCAGAGGGAUACACACUCCUCAAGGACUAGUACUCCCCCCUCAUACGACGCCGUACAUGAAUUGAUUUACAGGGUACAUAGUAAAUUAUAUUGUUUUAAUUAUAGUUAUAAUUGAGUCAUUAAUUAAUUAUCUUAACAAAUUGGUUUUUAACUAGUAAUUAUUAAAGGUUAUAUUUUAUGGUGUAAACACUAAACAUUCUUUUUGGAGAUUUUCUAAAGGAAAACCUGUCUUUUGUGUUUACCUGUCUUUUGUGUUUUUGUCAUUUACUGCCUUAAAAAGUGAACUGCAACUCCUAGAACCGUCAGCUGGCUGAGGAUACUGGGAAAUGGUGUUAGGAAUAGCUAAGACAUCCCUGCCCAAGCAUGUCUCAAUAUGUGUGUAUGUCCAACAAAAAGAUGUUCAUAUUAUUAUGAAGAAAUAGCUGCAUAAUAUUCAAAGAAACCACAGUGGCACUAUUGAUUACUGAGCUCAAUUUCAUGUGAGCAUAGUGUUAAGUGAGAACUGCUGGAAAAGGGUUUCAGGUUCUUUUCAUGUUUAUUGUACAGUCUUGUUCUGCUAAAUAAAUCUGUUAACAUUGUGUUAUUAAUGUUAAUGUAUUAAAAGAAUUUCAAAUCUCACACUGGGUACCUUAAAAUGGUGACCUCUAAGUAAAUAUGAGGUAAAUAAAGUAAAUAAAAUUAAAUAAAA